ACAUACUAUACCUAGGGGCAAUUUGGAGUGCUCAAUCGGCCAACCAAGGAUGUUUUUGGGAUGUGGAGGAAACCAGAGUGCCCGGAGAAAACCCACGCGGGCAUGGGGAGAACAUGCAAACUCCACACAGGGUGGGCCGGAGAUGGAACCGAAGCCACACCCUUCUAACUGUGAGGCGGAUGUGUUAACUAGUGCCCCACCGUGCCACCCUUGGCCCUCAAACAGACGACAGUUAAUUGUGAAACUACAAACAGGUUAUGUCUUCAAAACUAAUUGAAACUGCUUGAUUAGAUGUCUCUAUUAGUGGUGAGUCAUUGUGCAGAAAGAAAAUGUGAAAGCUUCAGAAAAUAAAGCUUCUUAAAUGAUGCCUUGAUGAUAUCACGGAAACGACAUUUCUAUUUUUUUAACAUGACUAUCAAAUAUCACACUUUAAGUAAGAUCCGGAAGAUAUAGAUUAAGUUAAAUCGUCAAAGUAAAGUAUGUCCACACAUAGAUCGACUGUAUAUGAGGAUUACUUCUGGUAAAUGAUUGCCGCACAUAAAAAAAAAAAUGGUUGGAGAUGUCCGUGUUCCCGAUAGCCCUGAACGCAACAUACCCGCGGCUCUCAUCCUCAACGUCCGCUGAACACCAUCAUUGUCACGUCUCCUCUGUUUCUUUUGCUUGCCAAGCCGGAGCCACCAUGGACCAGAACGAAGACAAGACAACGCAGACUCGAAACCGGGACCAGGCCGCCGCGGAGGUGCAGGACGAAGCUCCAGCCAAGCAGCCCGAGGCAGCGAAUGCUGAUGAUGCAACGGAGGCCAACGUGAGCGAGGUGCUUCUGGAUGCCGACGUCGAGAAGCAACAGCAGGAGGGCGAGCAGGAUAAGCGACCUUUCGUGAACGGAGCAGGAGAGGCAGGAGCUGCGCUGUCGGAGAAGAACGGCUGCGUGAAGGUGAAGAUGGACGAAGAAGAGCGGGAGGCGAAGUUUACCGGGCUGAACAAGGAGGAGCUGCUGCGAGUGGCGAGCACGCCCGGGUGGGUGCGCACCCGCUGCGCGCUGCUGGUUCUCUUCUGGCUGGGCUGGCUGGGCAUGCUGGUGGGCGCCGUGCUGAUCAUCCUGCAGGCUCCGCGCUGCCGGGACCUGCCCGACACCCACUGGUGGAACCAGGGGGCACUCUACCGCAUCCCCAGCGUGCACGCCUUCACCCGCGCCGUUGACAUCAAAGGUGUGAUGCAGAAGGUGGAUGCCUUGUCCCAGUUGAAGUUCAAAGGUUUGGUGAUUGGGCCGGUUCACGUAGCCCCACCCGACAAUGCAGCCGCGCUGAACUUUCAGGAGAUCGCAGCUGAUGUUGGAAGUCUGGAGCAGUUCAAGGACCUUGUGCGCACCGCGCACAGGAAAGGUAUGUCUGUGGUCCUGAAUCUGACUCCCAACUACCGUGGCUCCACCGGGUCCUGGUUCUCCAACGCCAGUGUGAGCAUGGUGGUCGAAAAGCUAAAGUCGGCGCUGGUGUUCUGGUUCAUCGAGGGCGUGGACGGCAUCGAGCUGGAGGACGUGGAGUACGUGGCUAACGCCGUACCGUCUCUGUGGUCCGACAUCCGGGCCAUCGUCCAGAACGGGACCAACGAGCAACCCACCAGAAGACUUCUGAUGGGUGUGACCGAGCACCGCUCGGCUGCGGCCGUGUCCACCCUUCUAUCAUCCACCGGCGUGGACCUCCUGACGUCCAUGGUGCUUGCGGAGGGAGACGCGUCCCAGCUCGUUCAGUCUGUGCUGGACUUGUACGCUGCCCACGGGCCAACCCGCCUUUCCUGGAACAUGGGGGGGCGAGGCCCAGGUCACUUGGCUUCACUGGUGGGCCCGGCGCUGGUGCCGCUGUGCCAGCUGCUGCUCUUCACGCUGCCCGGGACGCCCGUGCUCCAGUACGGCGAUGAAAUAGGCCUGAUGGAUGAGGGCACAACAUUUUCUACAAUGAUUUGGGACUCGCCCGAAGAGGAGGAACCUAACACAACUCUGAAGGAGGAUCGUGCUCGCCGCACUUCGUGGCGCGCGUUGGUGCGCGACCUGAGCGGCCUGCGCGCCAAGGAGCGCUCCCUGCUGAUGGGUGACUUCGUCCUUUUGGUCAACACGUCAUCGACGCUGGCCUACGUCCGCUCGUGGGACCAGAACAAUCGCUACCUGGCUGCCUUCAAUCUGGCUGACGGAGAGGCCCAGCUGGAACCCACCGGUUGGGUCCUUCCGCCGCUGGCUGAGGUGGUACUCGCCACUCCCGUGGUUGGUGCCCUGACACCGGGCACCCGCACAGACCCCGCCAAGCUGCGCCUGGGCGCCCAGCAAGCAGUGCUGCUUAGGUUUCCUUACGCCGGCUAAAAAGCGCAACAUCAUCAUGUUGAUGUCUCGUGUUUGUGUGGUGAAACUAGUCAAAUAAAUAUUAAGGUGAGCUGCAGGUGGCGCCCACUUGUCAUUCGACUUCCUUCGGGACAUUUCCUCCUCAAUACUAGGGGUGUAACGAUACAUCGAUUACCGUUUUUUUCCGUGUAUAGUGCGCCCCCAUGUAUAGUACGCACCCCUAACAAUGGCAUGCUGAUGCUGGAAAAAAGCUUGUACCCAUGUAUAAUACGCACCCAAUUUUUAUGAAUUUUUUUAAAAGAUUUUUUAAAUUUUUUUUUUUUUUAAGUCCCAAAGAUCGUCACACACGCAGGGAGGCAAUGGGUCCCAUUUUUAAAGUCUUUGGUAUGGUCUUAACUAGGCUGGAUGUCAUUUUUUUUGUUGGCGUUGAUUUCUCCGACUGCCCCUAAACGCACCACCGCGCUCCGUGCGCGCAUGGGCUGCGGACGUGAAAAAGGCGGCUCUGUAUGGGAGAGACGUUGAAGAGGAAUAAAAACAACCUUGGAAACCAAAACUUGCCCCUCGUCGUGACUCGGAGCCGCAACAAAUGUUUCGGAUUUGUGUAGGGUACAUUGUGACAGACGGCAAACUAGCAGGUGAUCGAGCGAGCGUCUGAUACAAGAGCAUUGCGGUCGUAUGGAGCGUGUUUGAAAUGAACAGCAGAGACGAAAGGAACAAGGCAAAGUGUUGUGAAAUAAAAUAUUACCUGUAAUACGCAUUUUGUUAUUUGCUGAUUGAAACUGCUAAUUAAACUGUGAAUUGAAACUAAUAGGUGGAGAACUGAACUCUCGCUCUUUAUAUAGCUGACGUGUCUUGCGCAACCGUUCUGCGCAUCUGUAAUGGCGGCCUCCGUAUGACGUCCGGUCCGCGAUGGAGAUUAAAAAACAAACAAUAUUUGACAACUAGAAUUUUGCAAUUUCUGGAGAAAUUGCGUGUGAAGGCGAAAUGUAUGAAUAACUUUUUCGGGGAAUGCUGCCGAACGAUGUUGAAACGUGUUGAAUUACUUGAGAAAUGUAGAAUAUUUGGAGAAUUUGUGGUGAAUUUCAAAAUUGAAAGUUUGGAAUAUUUGGUAAGUGGGAAGUUGUGGAAUAGGUAGGCAAAAGAUGAACAGUUGAAAGUUGGAAUGGGUUGAAUCGGUAGAAAAAUGUAGAAGUUAGAGUAGAAAAACGAAAUUUUGGAGAAUUUGGUUGAAUUUUAAAUUUGGAAUUGUUGGUAAGUGGGAAGUUGUGGAAUAGGUAGGCAAAAGAUGAACAGUUGAAAGUUGGAACGGGUUGAAUCAGUUAAAAAAUGUAGAAGUUAGAGCAAAUGUUGAAUCCCCAUAGAGAAUGAAUGGGAAAAUAAAAAAAAGCAAUUGCGCCAAAAUCUUUCUAAAUUUGGAACAAAACCAAAAAAAACGGCCUCAGGAGGUUCACUUUUGGGGUAAAAAUGUU